CGACCCUCAUGACGCUCUUACCCUGCAACAACGCCGCCUCCAGGCCGCUCCUCCGCAAGUUUUUCCGAAUCGCAAUACGUCGGCCUUCGCCACGGUCUUAUCCCUCGAGACCUCACCUUCAAGUAUUCAAGGGGAGCAACCCACUGCAAGAUAUUUUCAUAGCUUUCGUUGUGGGGGGACCAUCCUCCGUCUCUUCAAAAUUAACAAAUUCCAUCACUUGGGUCAGAAUCAAGAUAUAAAGAUGGUGGGAAAUGGAAGAAACCCGAAGCAAAAUUGGAAAAUUUGGGUCUGCUACUUGAAUGCCUCAGAGAAAUUUAGUUGAAUUUAUCUGUGAAAUUGUUGUUUUUUUUUUGGUUCCUAAUGUGCUAUUGAAAGCUCUGGAGGCAGAGCACCCAAUAAUCGACUCCAAUUUCCAGACGAACACAAGGUCAUCUUCUCUGCAGGUUCUUCACUACCAGUUUUAUAGAAAGCCGGGCAUCAUGUCAAUGCCAGAAAAGCCUAAUUCGGUACGUACACAUGGUGACCUGAGGAGAGGGAACCUUGCGUUCAAGCACUUUACUGAACUGGAACCAAUGUCUAGUGACAGAUACAAAGUAGCAGGGAGUAUGUUUGCCAACGCUGGAGAAAACGAAAAUGCAACUGAAAUUUGGAAACUCAUUGGAGAAAAUGAAUUGGAGAUUACUCGUGGGAUGAGUUUCAUCAAAAUAGAUGGUGCCGUCCAUGAGGUUGUAGUGUGGACUAUUCAUCAUAGCAGGCACAAAGAAAUCUACAUUGGAAUUGGAACUCCAUUCUUUACUUUGGAAGAUCGCAAAACCGCUAAAAAUGGCAGUCCUCUCAUGGACAUGCUAUACUCUUGAUACGCAAAGGGGAUUUUAGCACAAAUUGAUAAGGGCAUUUACCAAUGCAACUGAGGUUUGGAGAAAGACUCGUAAAAUAUUCGAUUCAUUCAUCAUUGUGGCAGAGAAAAUAACUAUAUAUUCACAAUUUAUUGAAAGAUUUGUUACAUGGUAGAAUUCUUACGUAAUCACAGUUAUAUAUAUAUAGAUAAUAUACAAUGAUAAAUGUAUUUACAGUUUCAGCGUGUUCCUUUCUCUGCUCUCUAUGGGAGGAGGUUAUCAGCAAGUUACUCACCCGUAGUGUCUGCAUAAGCUCAAGUCUGGACUUAUGCCGGAACUGGUUCAUGUGUCAGGCAUGCACGCACCAAGGACCUGGUCGCUCGACCCACUGCAUGGAGAAAGCUGGAUAUGGUCGGAUAAUUAAUGGUGAAAGAGUGUAUGGAAAACUUGCCACAUGAAAGUUGUAAAUGAAUUGCAUGCUGUGUUUUUAACACAUUUUUUUAGACA